UGGCUUCAGGACACAGACUGAGGACGGGCAGGCUCUCUGUCCCGGAGGAUAGGGUUGGGGUAGGAGUAGGUCUCGGAACCACUUGCUCUAUAUAUGAGUGCCAAGUUAAUCCCUAGCAGAGAGAGGCAGACAGGCAGCCGACUGCUGGGCUCUUCCUCCUGUUGAAAAUUCACUGGGCACUGAAGGAGGACAUUUUCCUCCUCUCUUCCCCCCGAAUGUUUUCCUAAACAUGAAGGCAAUAAGUUUAUUCUUCUUGGUGGGAUUUAUAGGAGAGUUCCAAGUUUUUUCAAGCGCCUCCUCUCCAGUCAAUUGCCAGUGGAAUUCCUAUGCCCCUUGGUCAGAAUGCAAUGGUUGUAUCAAGACUCAGACUCGCAGACGGUCAAUUGCUGUUUAUGGGCAGUAUGGCGGCCAACCUUGUGUAGGAAGUGCUUUUGAAACACAAUCAUGUGAACCUACAAGAGGAUGUCCAAUAGAAGAAGGAUGUGGAGAGCGUUUCAGGUGUUCUUCAGGUCAGUGCAUUAGCAAAUCUUUGGUCUGCAAUGGGGAUUCUGACUGUGAAGAAGACAGUGCUGAUGAAGACAGAUGCGAGGACUCAGAAAACAGACCUUCCUGUGACCUCUAUCAACCUCCUCCCAACAUAGAACUUACUGGAAAUGGUUAUAAUGCACUCACGGGCCAGUUUAGGAGCAGAGUCCUCAACACUAAAAGUUUUGGUGGUCAGUGCAGAAAGGUAUUUAGUGGGGAUGGGAGACAUUUCUACAGACUGAGUGGAAAUAUCCUCUCCUAUUCAUUCCAGGUGAAAAUAAAUAAUGAUUUUAAUUAUGAAUUUUACAACAGUACUUGGUCUUACGUAAAACAUACAUCGAUAGAACAUACAUCGUCUAGUAAAGGACGUUUUCUUUUUACUUCUUCAUCAUCUUUUUCUUCCAGUCACAAUUCAGAUACCAAUGAAAUCCAUAAGACAAAGAGUUAUCAGUUGUUGGUUGUUCAGAACACGGUUGAAGUGGCUCAGUUUAUCAAUAGCAAUCCGGAAUUUUUACAACUUGCUGAGCCAUUCUGGAAGGAACUCUCCUACCUUCCCUCUCUGUAUGACUACAGUGCCUACCGAAGAUUAAUCGACAAGUAUGGGACACAUUAUCUGCAGUCUGGGUCCUUAGGAGGAGAAUACAAAAUUAUAUUUCAUGUGGACUCAGAAAAAUCCAAAGAACUAGGUCUCAGUUCAGAGGAUAAGAAGAAAUGUGCUUCCUCACACUUCAAAUUUUUGUUUAAAUUAUCAAAGCACAAAUGCAAGGAGAUGGAAGAGGCCUUAAAACUGGCUUCAGAAACCCAAGGCAAUGUGUUGCGAGGGAAUCCAUUUGUCCUUGGGGGACGGUCUGGCCUCGUGUCUGGCCUUAGUUACCUGGAGCUGGACAAUCCUGCUGGAAAUAAACAGCGCUAUUCUUCCUGGGCAGGCUCAGUGACUGAUCUUCCCCAAGUCAUAAAACAAAAGCUGACACCUUUAUACGAGCUGGUAAAGGAAGUACCCUGUGCCUCUGUGAAAAGGCUAUACCUGAAACGGGCCAUGGAGGAGUAUCUGGAUGAAUUUGACCCCUGCCAUUGCCGGCCUUGUCAAAAUGGUGGCAUAGCCACUGUGGAGGGGACCCAGUGUCAGUGCCACUGCAAACCAUACACAUUUGGUGUGGCGUGUGAGCGCGGAGCCCUCGUAGGGAAUCACGCAGGAGGGGUUGACGGAGGUUGGAGUUGCUGGUCCUCUUGGGGACCCUGUGUUCAGGGGAAGAAAACAAGGCGCCGAGAAUGCAAUAACCCACCUCCCAGUAGGGGAGGGAAAUCCUGUAUUGGAGAAACGUCAGAAAGCAGGCAAUGCGAAGAUGAGGAGCUGGAGCAUUUUCGAUUGCUUGAACCACAUUGUUUUCCUUUGUCCUUGGUUCCAACAGAAUUCUGUCCAUCACCUCCUGCCUUGAAAGAUGGAUUUGUUCAAGAUGAAGGUGCCAUGUUUCCUGUUGGGAAAGACAUAGUGUAUACUUGCAAUGAAGGAUACUCUCUUGUUGGAGACCCUGUUGCCAGAUGUGGAGAAAAUUUACAGUGGCUGGUUGGGGAAAUGCAUUGUCAGAAAAUUGCCUGUGUUCUGCCUGCACUGAUGGAUGGCAUGCAGAGUCAUCCCCACAAAGCUUUCUACACAGUCGGCGAGAAGGUGACCUUUUCCUGUUCAGGUGGCAUGUCCGUAGAAGGUCCUUCAACGUUUCUUUGCGGAUCCAGCCUUAAGUGGAGCCCUGAGAUGAAGAAUGUCCAGUGUGUGCAAAAAGACGCCCCUUUGGUACAGAAAGUGCCUGAAUGUCAGCGCUGGGAGAAACUGCAGAAUUCAAGAUGUGUUUGUAAAAUGCCCUAUGAAUGUGGAUCCUCCUUGGAUGUAUGUGCUCGAGACGAGAGAAGCAAAAGGAUACUACCUCUGACCGUUUGCAAGAUGCACGUUCUCCAGUGUCAGGGGAGAAAUUACACCGUUACUGGUAGAGAGAGCUGUACUCUGCCUGCCUCAGUGGAGAAAGCUUGCGGAGUGUGUCCACUGUGGGGAAAAUGUGAUGCCCAGAGCAGCAAAUGUGUCUGCAGAGCCGCCUCGGAGUGCGAGGAAGAAGGGUUUAGUGUCUGCGUGGAUGUGAACGGCAGGGAGCGGACGAUGACAGAGUGUGAGGCCGGGGUCCUGAGAUGCCGAGGGCAGAGCAUCUCCGUCACCAGCAUAAGGCCCUGCGCCACCGAAGCGCCGUAGCUCCCGGUGCCCGUGGCCGUGCUCGGAGUCCCCCAGCCGCUGUGGCCGAGUGGAAACCUCCGCACAACCGGCCCGCAGACAGCUUCUCAGCGCGCAGGCACGUUCUUCGUCCUUGCCCUGGGGUCCAUUUCUCCCAACUCCCAGCCGCCUGUAUAAUCACGCAAACCUUUGUUUUCCCAAAUCUGAAUCCAGGUCUUCUUUUUCUUCUUUUUUUUAAAUGUCAGUCAGGAUGAAGGAUAUUGAUGAACCUUUGCAGGAACUAACUGGGUGUUCUUGGAAAAAUUGCUAAUUUUUCUCGCCCUUGACUUUUUAAUCUGAAAAUUACAGGAUUAGACUGGAGAAAUCUGAAUGCUCUGUGAUUCUUUUUAAGUAUGAUUGACUCUGCCCUUGGUCAAGAGUACACUCUGUACGUUGAUUCGGAAAACAGAAAGAUUAGAGAGGCUGGCUUCCCUCAGUUAAAACCAAAUACGAAGGGGACCUUGAAUGGAAAAAGUCAGAUAUGAUUAUUGCAUCCCAAGAGGUAAUCUCAGACUUCACCCUAUUGACUCAAGCACCACGCCUAGGGAUCGCGGAUGUGUGAGGAGAUUGAACCAUGGUCGUGUCAGAGUGAGAUUCAUCACGUAACGGUUACAGGGGCACCUUCUACCUUCCUGUCUGACAACAAAUACAAUUCAGGCUUCUGUCUGGGGCUUUUCUUUAGUGUGUGCCAAACACGAGACCUGCAAUUUGCCCCCCUCCUCCCCUCUGCUUUUGUAGGAAGCAUCAUUCGUGCCUCAGCUAUUGAGGGAUUGCGUAUUUGGGAGAAUGAUGUUCUCUAAAGGGGACACACAACUAUUUUUCAGGGGGCUCUACAGGUAGAUCCUGAAGCAUUAGCCUUCUGUUUCUUCCCUAUUCAUCUUUCAUCAAAACAAAAUAGCAGCUGUGGGAGGUGAAAUGAGUGGGCUUCAAUGGAAUUUAAAAAUGUGCUUUUAUAUAUAAAUAAUAUCUGUACUUUUCUGAUACUGAUAAAUAUGUUUCAACAAAACUUUAGUUUAAAUACUGAUUAAAAAACUCAUUAAAGAUAUUGUCCUUUGAAACGGAAAAA